UUACAAUAUUUAAAAUAUUCUUGUUACAAAGAAGAGAUAAAUAUUAGACAUUACUUAAAGUAUACUUAACAUAUAAACAUAAUUUACUUGUAUUCUCAUUUUAAUUUUCAUAAUUAGAUACUGCAUUAGUAUCAAUUUAAUUAAUAUAAAUUCUUAAAAAAGGUAAUCUCAGAAAUUUAUGUUAAUAUUCUGUAAGCAACAAGUAUGGAAAAGUUUUUUGAAUAUCAAAAGGAUUCCCGAGAACCCUGUAAAUAUGGAAGAAAAUGUUUUCAAACUAAUAAAGAACAUUUAAACAAAUAUAAACAUCCUCCGAUAAAAGAUGAUGUUAAAGUACAAAGUAAAAAAACUUCCAAAAAAAGAGAUUCUAGUGGUAAUGUUAAAUUGAAUAAAAAAAAUGGAGAAUCAUCUUCUAUUAGUAAUGUCAAUGAAAUUAAUUUGCAUGAUGAAAAUGAUAUGGAAGUUCCUGAACAAUCAAAUUUAAUCUCUUCUAAUACAACUUCAACUAGUACUAGUGACAACAUGCAAAAUGAGUUGAAUGAACAUAACCCAAUAAAUGCAUAUGCAGUUAGAUACAGAUCUCAACAACAAUUAUUAUUGACUAAUACUAAUCUAGAAGAAUGUAGUGGGGUUGAUGAUGGUAUUGUACCAAGUACACCCACUUUAUACACACCACGUCGUUUAGAUGGAGAAACUGUAAGCUCACCUCAUGUACCAUCCAGUAAUCAAGUACAAAGAUUCACUUUUCAUGGAACUAGUCAAAACUCUCAGGCUACAGAUUCUAAUGAUAGUGAACAGUCAGUUACGUCUGAACGAAUUAUGAUACCUGGAAUGGUGUUUAAUCCUGCUUAUUGGAAUAAACAAAUAUCUAAGUUAUUCCUAGUAGGUGAUAUGCCUGAAGAAUUUUAUGAUCUCUGGUCAUUUUGUAAAAGACAAAAUUCUACACAUCCUGAAGAUGCAUUUUUAUCAGUUGGUUUAAAGUUGGUUGGACCUUAUGAUGUUUUAGCUGGCCAUUUCAAUGAAUUUAAUAGUAAUAAUAAUGAAAAUGCUGUCUUACAUUGGCGAUAUUAUUAUGAUCCUCCAGAAUUUCAAACUAUAAUCACAAGUGUUAAUAGUUCCCAGUAUCAUAUUGGUUAUUUUAGAGAUGAACCAUUAGCAAUGCCUGUUUUUGUUGCUUCCAAUGAUGCUGAAAAAAAUUGUGUUAUACAAAACCUUGGACAUAGUUUAUUUCAAGCUUUAAGAAAGUAUCUUCAUAAUAUGGAAGGUCAAGUAGCAUAUGCUUUACAAAAAAAACUACAUGCUUUUGAAAAAAGAAAAGUAAAAAAAUAUUUGAAAGGUAGACAAGGUACUGCAGUAGCUAAAACUUUUCAUAAAGCUGGAAUAUAUGUACCAUAUGAUCGAAAAACAGAUAUUGGUUAUAGACCCUUAUCAGAAUCAGACAGUGUAUUACGUAAAAUUUUAAAAUCAUAUCGUGAAGCUUCUAAAAGUAAAAAAGUUGCAGAAAUGGAUAAAUUACAACCCAUAAUAACUUAUGCAAAUAUAGCCAAUGAUGAAUGUGACUUUGGUACAGGACUAGAGUUAGGAAUUGAUAUAUUUUGUGAUGGAAAUUCUGAACUUCAUCGUAUUUGCAAACAAUUGUUAGUAACUGUUUAUAAUCUACUUCGAAGACCACAAUUUGCAACUAUUAUUCAAGCACACUUAGAUAACAGAAGAAAAAAUUCAAACUUGAGUAUAUUAUAAAAUUUUUGUUUUUUACCUGUGUAAUUAAAUUAAAUAGUUUUCAUCUUAUAUAAAUGAAGAAAAACUUUUACACUUCUAAAAAAAUAAUAUUUAGUUGUUUACAUUGGUAUCAUAAUUUAUUUUCUCUCAUUUAUUAUUAUUUAUUUUUGUCUACAAAUAAAAAAAUACAAAUUUAUUGUAUAUUACAAGCUUUAAGGGAUGAAUGUUAUUAUUCAGUAGCAAAGUUAUUUGUAAAUUAAUUUUCUUUUUAAUAUUUUUAUAUGA